CCGACUCUUUAAAGGAACAAACCAUCCAACAAAUCCGUGCCCUCUUGGUUCGCUCCUCAGGCUGUGUGAAGCUGUCAAAGGCCGUACUGUGAUUUUGGAGAGGGAGGGCAACAUGGCGUCGGAGCAGGAAAUCUCAAAUGCGCCAGUGAAGAAGUCCAUGAGGGAGAAAGCUAUUGAGCGCAGGACAGCAAAUAAAGAGCACAACAGUAAUUUUAAGGCUGGAUAUGUUCCUAUUGAGGAGGAGAGGCUCCACAAGACAGGACUGAGGGGUCGUAAGGGCAUCAUUGCCAUCGGCAUUGUCAUCCUACUUUUUCUGUUUGCUCUCAUUAACCUUAUUAUAACCCUUGUGAUAUGGACGGUGAUACGGAUAGGUCCUGGAGGUUGCGAAAGUAUGGAGUUUCAUGAGAGUGGGCUGCUACGUUUCAAACAGAAAGCUGAUAUGGGAGUGGUCCACCCGCUGCACAAGAGCACGGUGGGCGGCAGGAAGGACCAGGACCUUAUCAUCACAGGCAACAAUAACCCAGUGGUGUUCCAACAAGGCAACACAAAGCUGAGCGUAGAGGAAGACAAGACGUCUAUCGUUAGCGACUUGGGCAUCUCUUUCACUAACCCCCGCACCCAGAAAACUUUCUUCAGCACAGAUUUUGACAACCAUGAGUUCCACCUGCCCAAAGAGGUCAAAGUUCUCAACGUGAAGAAAGCUUCUACUGAGAGGAUCACCAGCAAUGCAUCCUCUGACCUCACUAUUAAAGGAGAUGGCAAAGCCAUUAUUCGUGGCAAUGAGGGCGUGUACAUCAUGGGCAAAACUGUGGAGUUCAGCGUGGGUGGGGGCAUUGAGCUGAAAGCCGAAAACAGCAUUAUUCUGAAUGGCUCGGUGAUGUUCAGUCCUUCACGUAUACCAAACUCCUCUCUAGGGGGAGACCUGUACUUCAACGAGGGUCUGGAGAGGUAUAAACUUUGCAUGUGUGCAGAUGGGACCCUGUUCAGAGUGCAGGUCAAAUACUCCAACAUGGGCUGCCAAACCUCCGAUAACCCUUGUGGAGCAGCACACCUAUAAAAGAAGGAAGAAUACCACAGGACAUCGCAUGCACAUGCUCAUUAACAAUCUUUGUAUGUGCAGUUGAUCAUCAAAAGCUACUAUGAAGAUAAUCUAUUUUUUUGGUAUAUGUGUGUACACUCACACUACCAUCCUCAGAGAAAAACUGGACAACAGUUAUAAUAUUAAUAUAUACAAGGGGAAAAAACACUAUAUACCCUCACACAAUUAUUGUCUCACUUUAUUGGAGGUCUCAGAAACACACACACCCCUACAAUGAUAAUCAGUCUGCUAUAACCAUAAACCCGGCCCAGCACAAACAGUCCAGUUUUCUUUUAUGUAAUAGAUUGGCCGAGAGUUCCUUUGCAUUAUCAUUGGCUCAUCUCAGUGUUUUACUGCCUUUAAGCUGCCUACACUUCACUGCAUGUGCUUUUAUAUAGUGUAUCACAGCACAGUAAUUUAGUCCUGUAAUUUUCUGAGCAAUGUUAAUACACACUUUUAUGAUCCCCUCCUUUCAUUUAUAACCAUCAAAUGGGCACAUAAAGAGAGGGCUGUUGUUUGAUUGGUGUGGAUGUUUGCUCUGCCUGCUAGUUGUGUUUAUACCAUUGCCUGCACCAUGUUAGAAUAUUCAAACCAGUCAUGAUAGGAGUUUUUUUUUUGUAAAUGUAUUUGCAUAUACAGUAUCCUGUAUGAGAGCAGCUUUGAAUUAAUUUUUCACUCUGAUCUGUCCAAAAGGCCCCCAAUUUUACAUUGGAUAUUAAGUGGCUACCCAACAAAGUAUUAAACAUUUUAUUGAACAAAAGUUAACAAAAUGUAUUUCAAAUUCAACAUUGAAAUAUAUUCAUAUGACAAAGAACUGCAACAAUAAAAUAUUGUUAUGCCCAACAAUAAAAACAAAAAUGAUCCCGGGUUCAAUACAAGUUUAGCUCAAUUGACAGCAUUCUUGGCAUAAUGUUGCACAAAAAAAAAAAAGCAUUAUUCAUCCCUCCUUUUCUUUUAAAAAAGGAAAAAUCAAGAUUACAGUGAGGUUCUUACAAUGGAAGUGAAUGGGGCCAAUUUGAAGGCAGAAAUGUGAAGCUUAUAAUUUUAUAAAAGCACUUACAUUAAUUCUUCUGUUAAACCUUAUGUAUCAUUUAGCUAUAACAAGAAAGUUGUUUAAAUCAUAAUCUUUACAGGCAUUUUAGGGUUUUAGGGGUUUACAUAAUCAUUGCAAGAAAGUUGUAAAAUUGGCUAUAAUUUUACAUACACAACUAUACUUACAUUGACAUAUAUAACUCUACUUUUGAAACAGUGAGUAUUUUAAUGUUUACAGAUUGCCCCCAUUCACUGGCAUUGUAAGUGCCUCACUGGAAGCCAGGUUUUUGCUUUUUUCUUUUAAGAAAAGGAGGGACCUGUUGUGUAGAAAUGCUUUUUUGUUGUAAUCAAUAUUAUGCCACAAAUGCUGUCGAUUGAGCUUAACUUGCAUUAAACCCGGAAUAUUCCUUUAACAUGACAUAAUUUAGCCUGAAUAGGACAACCUAUUCCAUCCUUCUUAGACAGCAUUACAGUGUUGUAAUAUUCUAAAUGGCCUACGAUAUAUUAUGAAAUUAGUUUUAUAUCACAUAUGUUAACUUUGCCAUGAUUUUAGCAUUCUGCCUUUAAAAAAAACAUAUUUAAUCUCUAUCAUCGGCAUAGUCAAAUGGUUUCAAGCCACAAGUAAUUUAAUAAAAACAGUAGAUAGUGAUACAUCAAUUGUGGCACAUAUUUUCAUGGAUUGUAUAAUAGCGCCCAGUUACUGUUACCUUAUUAGAGUGCCAUGGAUUAAUAAUUUUUUUUUAAUAACAUGUUCGGAGAUGUGUACCAAUAGCAUUUCUUUUGAUAAGAUAAAAACGGAAAGUAUCUACGAUAUGCACUCACUGAGCACUUAGUUAGGAACACCAUGAUCUUCUGCUGUUGUAGCCCAUCCACCUUAAGGUUUGACGUGUUGUGCAUUCUCAGAUGCUAUUCUGCUCACUACAAUUGAGUUAUCUGAGUUGCUGUAGCCUUUCUGUCAACUAGAACCAGUCUCGCCAUUCUUCGUUGACUUAUAUCAUCUUGAAGGCGUUUCUAUCCAUAGAACUGUCGCUCACUGGAUGUUUUUUGUUUUUGGCAUCAUUCGGACUAAAUUGUAGAGAUCCUGUAAAAAUUCCAGGAGAUCAGCAGUUACAUAAAUACUCAAAUCAGCCCAUCUGCUACCACCCAUGGAGUCACAAGUUUGAAUCCAGUGUGUGCUGAGUGACUCCAGCCAGGUCUCCUUACACAACCAAAUUGGCCCGGUUGCUAUUGAGGAUAGAGUCACAUGGAGUGAACUCCUCGUGGUCGCGUUUAUUGUUCUCACUCUCAAUGGGGCGCGUGGCAAGUUGUGCUUGGAUCGCAGAGAGUAGCAUGUGUCUCCACAUGCUGGGAGUCGCCACGGUGUCAUGCACGAAGAACCCUGUGAUAAGAUGUGCAGAUUGACAUCUCAGAAGUGGAGGCAACUGAGACUUGUCCUCUGCCACCUGGAUUGAGCCACUCAUGCCAUGGUCGAAAUCACUUAGAUAACAUUUUCCCCAUUCUGAUAGUUGAUGUGAACAUUAACUGAAGCUCCUGACCAGAAAUCUGCAUGAUUUUAUGCAUUGCACUUCUGACACACGAUUGGUUGAUUAUAUAAUUGCAGGAAUAAGAAGGUGUACAGGUGUUCCUAAUAAAGUGUACAGUGAGUGGAUAAUUAUAUAUGUUAUGUCAGUGUGAUAUUUUGUGCAAUAUAACCGUUACUUGACCUGGUUCAUCUUGCUACAUGUGUGAUAUUUAUUUUUGCCUUUUUUUAAUGGUUAUUCCUGAACUAAAUAUUGUUGUUGCGUUCCAACAUAAUCAUUACUAAUGAUCACCUGUGCUUAAGAGACAAAUGUCAGAUGUGACUUUAAUCUUUUAAACUCUGCAGUGGAGUAGUAUGUUGUGUUCGAAAUCUCUGUAUCUGAUCUCUAAUGAUAUGUACACAUAUCAUAUCUUUUAGGAAAACACUGUAAUGUCAGACGUUUGUCACAAUUCUUGUUUUGAAAGAAAGAGAAAACCAAUGCUUUCAUAUUGCAAUUGUUAAUAAAGAAAAAUGCAGAUUUUGUUUGAAAAAAUUAUGUUUUUUGGAUGCUUUGGACUGUCAGACAAACAUUCGGAUCCUUUGUAAAGAUAACAAAUGUUAAGCAUAUUUUGCCAUUGCAAACUUUAUCAUGUGGCCUCUGAGCUAAGAUAUUAAUUUGCAUGUCAAGUAUUAAAGUAAAUGAUUGGAUGACAACUGAAAUCACUCCCAGAGCAAAUCAUAUCUAUUUUUUUUCUCCUUUUUUUUUCAUUUAGGCAACAUAACAGUUAACAUUAACAUUUCAUGUUUUAUUUUUAUUUUUUUAUAUUUUGAAAAUGUAAUUUUCUGUCAUAAAAAUUCUUGGGAGGGAGCAACCAAGGUAAGACAUUAACUGAGGCAAGUGAGUGAUUGUGGAAAGGUGUGUGUUUGUGUGUCUCAGGUGCCAUAACACUAUUCAGACUUUGAUCUUAGGGAAGUUGGAGUUAAAGUAAAAGAAUUUCAUGGUCACUUUCAGUGUAUUGUUGGUAAUUACUCAGAUCUACAGUCACAAGAUUACCUGAGCUGAGCUGACCAGAGCAUUGCUGUCAUAGAAAGGUUAGAUUUGAACUAAUACUUCACCCAUGCUAUGAUUGUAAGCAUAUUUUUCAUGCAGUGUAUCUAUUAAACAUAUAAAGUUUUCACUUAAAUUUUCCCUUAAACUUGGUCAAGUACAGAAUUGUGGUUUAAUAAUUUAUAAUUUGUAUAAAUAUAUAUAACCUUAUCUUUAAAUGUUUGCAUGCAAUGUAAUGGAUUUCAGUCGACUUCACCACUUAUGUUUAAAGGAAUAGUUCGCUCAUAAUGAAUAUUCUGACACAAUUUACUCAUGCUUAUGUUGUUCCAUACCUAUAUGACCUUCUUUCAAAUGUUGAACAGAAAAGGAAAUGUUUUUAUAAAUAUCCUGGGUCAUCUUUUUUUGUGUGUGUGUGUGUUGUCGCAAGAACUUUUGUGUUGAUUAAAGCUAAAAAUAAAGCAAGUUCUCGUGUGAUCAGA